ACAUACGACUAGCCGCACAUCAAUCCAGGAGCCUUAAUAGUCUAGACUCGUGUACAUCACCCCCGCCGUCCGAUCUUUGUAUUAGCCUUCCUGAUCCCGCCACAUGUACACAUCACCACAACUCAUUCAGACCAGUCGAUUACCAUUCAAUGGUUCAUACAAACUGACGAUUACAAACUCUGAAGUCUGAACUCUGAAGAAGAAGAGGAAGAUCAGAGAGAGCAGGCGGGCGCGAUGCACCUGUUAAAUGCCGUGAUGGCGACUCGGUUGCUGACCCGAAAACUCGAAUCGGAGGCGGUCGGGGCUGGCAUAGCGUUUGGAUCGGUGUGGUUUUUCGUGUACGCGGGGAUAUCGUGCUUCCUGGUCCUAUUCGCCGGAAUCAUGUCCGGGCUCACCCUCGGCCUCAUGUCCCUAGGCCGCGUUGACCUCGAGAUACUCGAGCGCAGCGGCACCUCCACCGAGAAAAAGCAAGCCGCUACUAUACUUCCGGUGGUACAGAAGCAGCACCAGCUCCUUGUGACUUUGCUUUUGUGCAAUGCCGUUUCCAUGGAGGCCCUUCCUAUAUACCUGGACAAACUUUUCAAUCAGUAUCUCGCAAUAAUUCUCUCCGUAACUUUUGUUUUGGCUUUUGGAGAGGUCAUUCCGCAAGCAAUUUGCACAAGAUAUGGACUUGCUGUAGGGGCCAAUUUCGUAUGGCUAGUGAGAAUUUUGAUGAUAAUUUGCUAUCCAAUUGCCUAUCCCAUCGGAAAGGUUCUGGAUUGGGUACUGGGACAUAAUGAAGCGUUAUUUAGGCGGGCUCAGCUAAAAGCCCUUGUCUCGAUCCAUGGCAAGGAGGCUGGGAAGGGAGGUGAACUUACACACGAUGAGACGACUAUUAUUAGUGGAGCACUGGACUUAACCGAAAAGACUGCUGAGGAGGCUAUGACACCCAUUGAAUCAACCUUUUCCUUGGAUGUGAAUUCAAAGUUGGAUUGGGAAGCAAUGGGAAAAGUUCUUGCCCGUGGUCAUAGUCGAGUUCCUGUCUAUUCUGGGAGUCCAAAGAAUAUAAUUGGACUUCUACUGGUGAAGAGUCUUCUCACUGUACGACCUGAAACAGAGACCCCUGUUAGUGCUGUUUCCAUCCGCAGAAUCCCACGGGUUCCAGCAGAUAUGCCUCUGUAUGAUAUAUUGAAUGAGUUUCAAAAAGGUAGCAGUCAUAUGGCAGCUGUCGUGAAGGCUAAGGGGAGAGGCAAGACUCUUCCUCCAACAGUUGAGGGAGAAAAAUCUGAAGAGAACAAAGCCACUGGCGAGAACUCCCAACUGACAACUCCUUUGCUAUCAAAACAAGACGAAGCGGUAGACAGUGUCGUUGUUGAGAUUGACCGGCCUUCGAGGCCUACCAAGUUGAAUAGGCCGCCCUCUUUACAACAUAAUGGCACAGCAACAAUUGGUUUGCCUCAUUCGUUAGAAGAUAUUGAAGAUGGUGAAGUCAUUGGUAUCAUCACCCUGGAAGAUGUAUUUGAAGAACUUCUGCAGGAGGAAAUUGUGGAUGAGACAGAUGAAUAUGUUGAUGUGCAUAAACGAAUCCGUGUGGCUGCAGCCGCAGCUGCUUCAUUGGUGGCACGAGCUCCGUCUGUUCGGAGGCUAACAAGCCAGAAGGGAGUUGGAAGCCAAAGCAAGAGAUGAUGAAUGUAUACUGCAGUUAAGUCGUCUUGAUCCCUGCCAUAAUUAGGGGAGCGGUAACUAGCUCCACAGAAAAGAAAAAGAUGGCGUUGCUGGCUGGUGGGAGGGAGGGAGAACAAUCAAAUCAUUCAAUUUUUUGUAGAUUUGUUUGUUUAUUAUGCUAUGUGUACUCAGAGCUGAAUCUACUUGAUAUCGGGACUAUGAACGAUCGAACCUCUUGGGCUGGGUCAGGCUCAAUUUAGUUUUGAGAAUUGAAGAUAGAUACAGGAAAAAAGGAUCUAAAAUAAGAGGCUAUUAAAACCCUCAAACAUGUUUGAUGAGAUAGUAUUGUUGAGCUUUGACUAA